UAUCGCAUACGAAUUUCUAGAAAAAUCGACCUUUUCGUGGUUGAACACGAGUCAAACAGAAUCUCACGAAGUGUAGUAAGUUGCCUAUAAGCGUUAACAUCCUUCGUUUGUUUAUCGUGUAUUAUAAAAAAACAACAAAGUUUUUGGAGACAAUAACUGAUAAUGGAACCGAAAUUUGUAGUUGGCAAAUACACUGAGAAGGAAAUGGAAGCUGCAAUGGCGCUUUUAGAACUGCACGAGCGUGUUUAUUUAGACGACCCACGUGGAAGUCGGGUUGAAAAACCCACAGUUCAAACAUCGCCGAUCGAUUUCACAUUGGCAAAAACAAAGACCAAAGUGGUUGAAGAAAGGAAGCAAUAUCACGUUUCUGUAAUCCGCCCCAAUAUUAUGAUUAACCAAAAACCAGCAGAUACAGCAGAACUGUUUGGUGCACCACAACUAAAAGAAGAACAAGUUUCAGGUGAUAAUGCUCAAGUUAACGCCGGCAUGAAAAAAUCUGGCGCUGCAAGGGAGAAAACAGUUGUUAUUUUAAAUCCACGUUCAUGAAGUCCUAAUUUCAGUCGUAAUGAUUUAAUAUUUUUUUGUUCUUAAA